AUGUAACAGGAUAACAAUUAAAGAGAAUUUAAAAUACUAAUAGGCUUUACAGGUUCAGUGGCUUCAAUAAAGGCAGAACAAUUGAUUAGUGAUAUUUAAAAGAAAUUCAAAGAAUUCAAUUAUUCGACCAAGAUCAGAAUUAUUACUACUCAUCACGCAUAAAAAUUCAUGAAUCCUUAAAUUCAUGACAUUGAGCAUUUCUCUGAUGAGGAUGAAUUUAAAACAUGGAAAUAAAGGAAUGAUCCAGUAUUACAUAUUGAAUUGCGAAAAUGGGCAGACUGUUUACUGAUAGCUCCUCUAUCAGCCAAUACUAUGGCUAAGAUAGCUAAUGGCUUAUGUGAUAAUUUAUUAACAAAUGUUGCCAGAGCAUGGGAUUACAAGAAACCUAUGAUUUUAGCUCCUGCAAUGAAUACUAUGAUGUAUGAGAAUCCAAUCACAGAAAAACAAAUCAAUAAACUAAAAAAGAUCGGUGCCUUCAUAAUAGAUUCAAUCUCUAAGACCUUGAUCUGUGGUGAUAUUGGAAAGGGAGCAAUGGAAGAGACAAAUAACAUAUCAACUAUUGUCUAUCAACAAUUAGUCUCUAAGACUUGA